UAACAAAAUUUAUGCCAUCUAGAAUCUCAAGUACUAAACAAAGCUUAAAAGAGACAACCCAAGUUUCUCUCUUCAAAAAAUUACCACUUCUUUCUCUUUCUCACUCUCUCUCUCUCUAUCCAUCUUGCUUUGUUUUCUGUCUUUGAAACUAAGACCCCAUGAUAUUCUUUUAUUCUAAGCUCUAAAUCCAACCACCUUCCUGUUUCAAUACUAUUCUCACUAUAUAUAUAUAUAUAUUCAUUUUCUUUGUGUUUCGUGUUUGUUCUUGACUUGUCUACAUUGCCUGUUUCUUCACCUACUUUCUGUGUACUCUCUUACAAAAGCUUACCCUUUUGUUUUUUCUUUCUUUCUUUCUUUUGCUGUGUUUUUCUUAAACUUGUAAGAACUGGGUAGUCUUUAUCUUUGGUUUACUUGUUGAAAGAAUGGAUUUUGAGUGAUUCUGCGGCAGGCUCUGAUGGAUCUUGAAGGUGUGAUCCCCAAGAGUCCAAUCAAGAAGGAAUCAUGGAAGACUGUGUUAACUUUGGCUUAUCAAAGUUUAGGUGUUGUUUAUGGAGAUUUAAGUACUUCUCCUUUAUAUGUAUACAAAAGUGCUUUUGCUGAGGAUAUUCAACAUUCUGAUACUAAUGAAGAGAUAUAUGGGGUUCUGUCAUUUGUGUUCUGGACAUUAACAUUGAUACCAUUGGUGAAAUAUGUUUUUAUUGUGCUUAGAGCUGAUGAUAAUGGUGAAGGUGGCACUUUUGCCUUAUAUUCAUUGCUCUGCAGGCAUGCCAGGGUUUGUUCCUUGCCUAAUUGUCAACUUGCAGAUGAGGAAUUAUCAGAGUACAAGAAAGAUGGGAUAGUAUCAAAUAAUAAGAGUUUCUUGGAAACAAGUUUGAAAACAACUUUAGAGAAACACAAAAUAUUGCAAAGGGUGUUGCUUGUACUGGCUUUGAUUGGGACUUGCAUGGUCAUUGGAGAUGGGGUGCUCACACCCGCAAUUUCCGUUUUUUCGGCAGUGUCGGGGCUGGAGCUUUCCAUGUCCAAAGAGCAACAUCGUUAUGUUGAAGUCCCAGCUGCUUGUGCCAUACUCAUAUUCUUGUUCGCCCUCCAACAUUAUGGGACCCACCGGGUAGGAUUCUUGUUUGCACCUGUUGUGAUAACAUGGCUUUUAUGCAUCAGUGCAAUUGGGGUGUAUAAUAUUGUCCAGUGGAAUCCCCAUGUCUAUCAAGCACUCUCUCCCUAUUACAUGUAUAAGUUUUUGAAGAAGACCCAAAAGGGGGGUUGGAUGUCACUGGGUGGGAUCCUGCUUUGUAUAACAGGCUCAGAAGCUAUGUUUGCUGAUCUUGGACACUUUUCACAGUUGUCUAUCAAGAUUGCUUUCACCUUUGUGGUUUAUCCAUCCUUAAUCCUUGCAUAUAUGGGCCAAGCUGCUUAUCUUUCUGUGCAUCAUAUUAAUGAAACUGACUACCGGAUUGGAUUCUAUGUGUCUGUACCUGAGAAAAUAAGAUGGCCUGUUCUAGUUAUAGCCAUACUUGCAGCAGUUGUAGGAAGUCAAGCGAUCAUCACUGGAACAUUUUCAAUUAUCAAACAGUGUUCUGCUUUGGGUUGCUUCCCAAGGGUCAAAAUUAUACAUACUUCAUCCAAAAUCCACGGCCAGAUUUACAUUCCAGAAAUCAAUUGGACUUUAUUGCUGUUGUGCUUGGCCGUGACUGUUGGUUUUAGAGACACAAAACGCAUGGGAAAUGCAGCAGGUUUGGCAGUUAUAACAGUUAUGCUGGUGACCACAUGCCUGAUGCCCCUGGUCAUUGUCAUAUGCUGGCACAAAAGUGUCUACCUAGCUCUUUUGUUUAUAUUCUUCUUUGGCUCCAUAGAGGCACUCUACUUCUCAGCAUCUCUUAUCAAGUUCCUUGAAGGGGCUUGGGUUCCUAUUGCCCUUGCUUUUAUAUUUUUACUCAUAAUGUAUGUUUGGCACUAUGGCACACUCAAGAAGUACGAGUUUGAUGUCCAGAAUAAGGUCUCUAUCAAUUGGCUCCUCGCUCUAGGUCCUACUCUAGGCAUUGUUCGGGUUCGAGGCAUUGGCCUUAUACAUACGGAGCUUGUUUCAGGAAUCCCAGCUAUUUUUUCUCACUUUGUCACCAACCUCCCUGCUUUCCACCAAGUUGUAGUGUUCCUUUGCAUCAAGUCAGUUCCAGUACCACAUGUCAGUCCCAUGGAAAGGUUCCUAGUAGGAAGAGUUGGUCCAAAGGAAUAUAGGCUCUAUCGAUGUAUAGCACGGUAUGGAUAUCGAGACAUUCACAAAGAUGAUUUGGAAUUUGAGAAAGACCUUAUUUGUAGCAUUGCAGAAUUUAUUCGGUCAGAGAGGCCGAAAUGUAUUAUUGGGAUAGAUGACUUGGAAAAUGAUGAGAAAAUGACAGUUAUUGGGACUUCAUCAUCAAAUUUAGAAGGUGUAAGAAUGUGCGAAGAUGGCAAAGAUUCUUCUGAAAUGGUAGGGGACAUUAGAAUGUGUGAAGAUGGUGAGGAUUCUUCUGAAAUAGUAUGCGUUUCAGAGCUAAGGGAGGCAAAGUCCCCAGAGAGGCCUAGGAAGAGGGUGAGGUUUGUUGUCCCGGAAAGCCCACGGAUAGACAGGGAUGCAAAGGAGGAAUUGCAGGAACUGAUGGAAGCAAGGGAGGCAGGAAUGGCUUUUAUACUUGGGCACUCAUACGUGAGGGCAAAGAAAGGGUCAAGUCUGAUGAAGAAAAUUGUGAUAAAUUUUGGGUAUGAUUUCUUGAGGAGAAACUCUAGGGGACCAAGCUAUGCCUUAAGCAUUCCUCAUGCAUCUACACUUGAGGUGGGAAUGGUGUACCAGGUAUAAAUUUGAGUACACAGCACAGGUAUUAUAUUCAAUCAUUUGUCUUUUCUGCCAGUCGUCGUGUAUAUGAUAGAACACAGCUUUUUGAGAUGCUAUAUCACUUGGAAGUACUGUUUUGAGUUCAAUUGUAAGCAGUUUCCAGCA